ACCUUCGACGUAAAACAUGGCGGGUAAAGACACGGGUAUUAAGUUGGAGAUUGUUUCCAAGUUAUGGCCUAUCCCCAAACGUGCUGAGUGCGAAUCACCCAAGAAGAAUAAUGAUGACAUCUUUAAGAGUCGAGCGAAGCCGGAGGAACUCAAGGAAAUAUUCUUGAAGUAUGCAACGAAGGAGAUAGAAGCUGAGAAGUUUAUGACCUACUCUGACCUCAUCCAUCACUAUCUCCAAGUCCUUGACUCCAAAGACUACAAUGACUACACACUCCAGUUGUUGGCCAGCAGCGUCGACACUUCUCGUGACGGGCUCAUUUCGUUCACGGAGUUCCAGGCGUUCGAGGCCCUACUGUGUCUUCCCGAUGCCAUGUAUGCCCUGGCCUUCCAGAUUUUCGACCGGAACGGGAAUGGUUACAUAACAUGUGAUGAGUUCGAGGACAUCAUCAAGCACACCACCCUCCACCGGGAUAUGCCCUUCAACUUCAGCAGUGACUUUAUCAAGCUGCACUUCGGCAGCACCAAGUCCAGGAAGGUGUCAUACGCCGAGUUCACACAACUUAUUCACGACUUCCAUGAUGAACAUGCCUGGCAGGCUUUCCGCAAGUUCGACAAAAACAACAGUGGCUUCAUUUCUGCCAAGGAUUUUGAGCAAGUGAUGAUUUCUUUGAAGAGUUACCUGCUCACGCCUUUCGUCAGGGACAACAUUGUUCCUGUGGCGCUCCAGGGGGAUAAACAUCGGCAGAUCAGCUAUGCAUAUUUCAACGCCUUCAUUUCACUGCUCAACAACCUGGAGUUGGUCAAGAGGAUCUACCUUGCAGCAACACGCCGUGACCCCAACAAGGAGAUCACCAAAGAGGAGUUGAUGUACCAAGCACAAGACUUUGCCCAGAUCACACCUUUGGAGCUGGACAUUCUGUUCCAGCUAGUUGGUUUACAUCAUCAAACAGGGAAGGUGAAGCUGUCGGACCUGGAGAUGUUAAACCCAAUGACAGGUUUCGAGAGUCCGUUCUCCAUCCAGAUGCAGAUAGCAGAGCAAAAACUGCGGCAGGAGCAGGGUACAGCUACAAGAACAGUCGCAUCAGCAGUGAUGGAAAGUGCCUACAGGUUCUUCCUGGGAGCCAUCGCUGGAGCUACGGGAGCUACUGCUGUUUAUCCCAUCGAUCUGGUUAAGACCAGAAUGCAGAAUCAGAGGUCAGGGACGUUUGUGGGUGAGCUGAUGUACAAGAACAGCUUCGACUGUGCCAAGAAGGUCAUCCGGCACGAAGGUAUUCUGGGUCUCUACAGAGGUCUCGCGCCUCAGCUUGUGGGUGUGGCUCCGGAGAAGGCCAUCAAACUUACAAUGAAUGACUUAGUGCGAGACAAGUUGACAAAGUCCGACGGCAGCAUUGAACUGUGGGCUGAGAUGGUGGCAGGAGGAUGUGCUGGUGGGUCACAGGUCGUCUUCACAAAUCCUCUGGAAAUUGUCAAAAUCCGUCUGCAAGUAGCUGGAGAAAUUGUUGGCAGGUCAAAGGUCGGAGCAAUUGGUGUCGUAAAGGAACUGGGCUUCUUUGGCCUCUACAAGGGAGCGAAGGCUUGCUUCCUCCGUGACAUCCCAUUCUCCGCCAUCUACUUCUCGUGCACGCUACAACUCCCUGGCACACUAAGAAAUUCUUCUGAGCUGGAAGAGGCUUAACUACGUUACAGAUCCCCUGGCACACUGCUGUUGUCUGCCACCAUUGCUGGUAUGCCUGCUGCGUUUUUACCAACACCUGCUGAUGUCAUCAAGACACUCCAGGUGGCAGCACGGUCGGGCCAGACAACAUACAACGGCGUCACAGACUGCACCCGCAAAAUCUACUUGGAGGAGGGAUGGGGGGCCUUCUGGAAGGGUGCACCAGCCCGAGUGUUCCGGUCCUCACCCCAGUUUGGUGUGACACUGCUGACAUAUGAGCUGCUGCAACGUGUAUUCUAUAUCGACUUUGGUGGAAGGCGUCCUGAGGGCUCAGAAGCCAAGUCUGUACACUUAGAGGAAUUAAUGUCUCGUAACCCAGACCACAUAGGAGGGUACCGCCUGGCUCAUGCUACCUUCCAGGGAAUCGAGUCACAGUUCGGACUUUGUUUGCCCAAAUUUCGCACCACAGCUACAGAAUGAGUGGUGACGGUUCGUUAUGAUAAGGAAAACAUGUAUGUGCCCUGGUUGCCAGUUUGCAGUUGAGUGACAAGAAAUAACGGUAGUUGUGUGUGAUGGCCUCAAAUGUCCACCGAGAGUUAGAUCCCCAUCUCAUGUCACAAGUCAUCAAAACGCGCCAACAUUUCCCGAGAGGUACAGACACUGAGUGAAGUCUAUCUAUACUGAAUCUGUGAUAAUUGUCUUGCCUUUCAACCUUGAAUAUGCUCGCAGAGCGCCUCUGUCACUGGAUUGAGUAGUAUUGGGGGAAACAUGCAGGGUAUGGGGGCGUAGAAGAGAACUGAGAUCAGGUCUGUGAACCAGCUCCGAACAUGACCGCAGCCAACUUUCACAUUUCAGUAUCUGUGGUAUUUUGUGCCAUCAUCAGCUCCUGACAAGGCCAGAUUCUCUUGUUCAUGUAGCAAGCAUGAAAAUCAGCUCCUCACAUUGCCAGUUGGCUGCAACACAAUCUCUAACACAGUGCCAGGUAGUUUCAAAAGCUCCUAACAGCGCAAAGUAGUUAAUGCAAAACGGUGCCAUCUACUUGCAAAUGAAAAUCUCUUAAACAACGAGGUGGUUGCAACACAAACUCUACAAGGGCUAUCUCAAAUCAACACAAGCUCCUAACAGUGCCAGCGACUGCUGCAACACAAGUGCCUGAGUACGACUGCCAACGUGUCUCCAGCAGAAGUUCCUUACACUGAGCUGGCAUCAAUAUCCAAAUACUACGCAGAGCUCUGCAGAGCCAACCAGUUCAGACUGUUCUGCACCAGCUUUUGACAGUGUCAGGAAUGAGGAGACUGAUUGUUAGGUAUCUUGUCUUCCCAGAAUCAUUAAAGCAUCUUCUGUCACAGAUCACAUGUGACAGUGUCAGUUCUCAGAGUAUAGUACAGAAUACUGACUGGGAUAUGAGUGUAGAGCAUGGUGCAUGGCUGCUUGGUUGAGACCAGUGAAAAACUCCCUUCUUGCAGGAUUCUCCAGUGUAGUUGCAUUGUAUCAACAUCUUCGAUGGAUAAACUCUGGCGAUGUGGAAACUAUCCGCUACAGAGUCUCUCUAAUGGCAGUUAUUUAUGAUGUCAACAUCAUGGUUACAGGUUGUUUGGAAUGUGUUCAAGCUCAUUCAUUGUUACAUGUUGCGGAUGUUCAGUGAGAUCCUUUUUGGAUAAACACAUAUAUACGUUAAGUUUCUUAUUGCUAAAUAUUUUUGUUACGCAACAUGAGUAUUUAUUACUGUACAGUCAGAAAACUGGCUUUGUUUGAACAGGGUAAUCCAGUGUGAGACGUUUCCGAGCAUUGACUGUGAGAAGUAUUAGCUGUAGAACUCCUUGAAAUACAACAAA